AAUACAAAAACCAAUAAAACAUAGGAUUGAUCCAUUUGAUCUUCCAGAAAUUCAAUUUGUGAUAUUAUUCAGAUUAACUAAAACAUUAGUAAGAAAUUUAGUAAAUGAUUUAAUGCCUUUUUUACCAAUACAAAAUAGAAAGUCAUCAUUGAGUCCUGAAGUUAGAGUUCUUGUAGCUUUGAGAUUUUAUGCUCAAGUUACUGAAGCAAUUGUUACAAAUCUGGCUCACCAAUGGAUUCAGUUUCCAUCUGAUGAUGAAAUUCCUUUAAUAAGAGCUCAAUUUUAUGAAAAAUAUCAUAUACAUGGUGUUGUAGGGUGCAUUGAUUGCACCCACAUUUAUAUUGCAUCAGUACCUGAUGAUCCUAUUCAUAGAGAAUAUAUGUAUGUCAACCGGAAAAAUGAACAUUCUAUUAACGUUCAAUUGAUUUGUGAUGCCUCAUGUCGAAUAAUAAAUGUAAAUUCUAAAUUCCCGGGAUCGACACAUGACUCAUUUAUUUGGAAAAAUAGUGAAAUAAGGAAUUAUUUAAAAGACAAAUAUGAAGAAGGAACUUUUAAGUCUUGGCUGUUAGGAGAUAAAGGUUAUCCAUUAGAGCCAUUUCUUAUGGUACCUUUCCAAGAAAAUGAAAUUCAACCACAUUCAAAAGAAGAGAAUUAUAAUAGAAUCCACAAAAAGACUAGGUCCAUUAUAGAAAGAGUUAAUGGGCAGCUGAAAGGACGUUUCCGUUGUUUAAUUAAGCAUCGCAUGUUACAUUAUCGUCCACAAUUUGUCUCAUUAAUAACAAUCGCAUGUUGUGUUCUUCAUAACAUGUGUAAACAAGCAAAUUUGGCUGAUUUAGAUUUACAUGAAGAACUUGAUAUUGAACAUGAAAUACCAAUUCCAAUGAAUGUAAAUGAGGAAAUUGGCAGAGGGCAUAUUUCUUUUCAUAGACUAGGACAGCAAAUUAGAAGUCAAAUUGUAAAUCAAUUGCGUUAA